AUUUAAUAUCUCAUCGGACGCGCAUGCCCCCGGUUGCCAUCGGUCGCAUCCUUCUCUCCUGCGCACCAUCUUGCUCUGGCAGCCCGGUCUGCAGCCAGCAUGGUCGAUUGGAAAGCUCCGUCCGAGAUUGCGUUGGAUUCUGAGGUAUACGGGAAGCUGGUGUUUGCUCUCUUUGGUCUCUACGUCUGGGAACUCUUCCAGACCUCCGGCUUCGAAUGGUCACUCAUUACCAGAACGCGCAAGUUGACAUGGCCCCUCGUGAUAUUCUUCUUCCAAUGCCGAUAUUGCCUCCUCCUUGCUCUGGUUGGCAUCAUUGUCUCCAUGAGCGUCCGCACUCCCAUCAACUGCCAGGCUCUGUACACGUUCAAUUCAUGGGCGGGAAACAUGGCUAUCCUCGGCGCAUCAACGUCCCUCAUGCUCAGAACGAUCGCCAUAUGGGACCGCCAGCUCAAGAUUGUAAUCCCACUUUGCUUCCUAUGUCUGUGCCACUGGGUGCUGCUCUGGCGGGGCAUGUUCCUCCUCAAUGCGCAGUAUGACCCCACCCAGGGCGCGUGCGUCUUGUUGUCUAGCAAUCACAUCUUCCUGAACGUGACAUUCUUUAUGACAAUGGGAUUCGACCUUACUAUCCUCACUUUCACAAUUGCCGCGUUGGUGAAGCACAAGGCACGGUCAGGCCUGUGGUCGUUGCUCUUCACGGACGGUCUUGUGUAUUUCCUCACCGCGUUCUGCUUCAAUGCGCUCCCUGCUAUCCCCGCAGCAACCUUGUCCGCCAUCGCCGCCUGCCGCGCCGUCAUCCGGCUGCAAGAGUUCACGCGUCCGGACGUCUACGUGCACAGUGCGUCGCAGAUCGCCUCCGGCGGGACCCAGCACAACGCACGCGCGGCGCGCCGGUUCACCUCGCGUCGCGGGGACGUCGCCUUCGCGCGCCCGGAGGUGCACGUCACGACGGACCAGUUUGUGGUGGAGGACUAUGGGUGCGUCCGUCAACGCUUGCCUGUUGUGUGUGGAGAUGAGGGGGGGCUGAUGAGCAAUGUUGUGCAGGAUGAAGCCGCUCUCGCCCAUAGGCGAUAGGACGAGGGUCAAGCUCGAGCGGUCGGACACGUUUGACCUCGACAGGAUGUCGGUCGAGGAGGACAAGGAGGUCUACCCUAUGGCCGAGGCCGUGUAGGCG